AGCUUCGAUAAGUACGUAUUCAAUGUUGUAUUCUUCCAUCUCCAAGACAGCUGUUUUCUAUUUUAAGGUCGCUUCUGGUGAUUGCAGAUAUCGGUUUUCGCAACCCUCAGUUACAGCCGGUGUUACCUAGGUAUGUCCCACGCAGUGGAAAUCGUUUCAACGCCAAGGAAAUAUCCGUUUGCAAAAAUGCGGCUAGAUGACACUCACGCACUAGAUGCUAUUGAAGGCCGCUUUACUUGCCCACAGUGCAAUCGAUCUCGGAAAUUUUACUGCUACAAUUGCUAUGUUCCUGUUGGUAACGUUGUUGAUUUCAUACCACGUGUAGAGAUACCCAUCGACAUCGAUAUCAUAAAACAUAAAAAAGAAAUUGAUGGCAAGAGUACAUCUGCACAUGCUGCUGUAUUGGCAAAAGAUCGAGUGCAUGUAUAUGCCUACCCUGAUAUGCCGGAUUAUUCACAAAUGGAUGGCAUUGUACUUAUUUUUCCCAGCGCUAAAAGCCUAACUGUGCCGCAACUCUUUAACCAGCGCGUACGUCUAAAAACUGAAAACAAUUACGGCUUGCCGAAAGGAUACAAUAUUGGUACCAUGUUGAGAUGGCGGAUAGAUGAAGUGAAAGAAGAGCCAGCAGAAGGUGAAGAGUGCACAAAAGAAAAAAUGUAUACAUAUGACAACUUGCCUAUAAAGCGUGCUAUAUUCAUUGACAGUACAUGGAAUCAGAGUCGUGGUAUUUAUAAAGAUGAGCGUUUAAAGGGCUUACCCACCGUUGUAUUACAAAACCGUUAUUCACAAUUUUGGCGACAUCAACGUGGUAGUCCUCGCUGGUAUUUGGCUACAGUAGAAGCAGUGCAUCAAUUUUUGCUUGAAGUGCAUGUAAAUGCAUGGGGUCUCAAUCAGCAUUAUCGUGGAUUAGAUAAUCUUGAUAUUGGUCAAGGUUUUUACGAAACUGCGCGCUUAGUGGAUGCCGAUCCAACAAAUGUAGAACAUGAAGCGCCCUACAAUGGACAGUAUGAUAAUUUACUAUUCUUUUUUGCCAAUAUGUAUGAUAUAAUACACAAAUACUAUGAUCAUAAUCAAUUAAAAUCAUAUCGGCGACCGAUAUAAAAUGUCAAAUUA